AUGAAAUUCGAAACCGAAACCGAAGCGGAGCGCGCCUCAAGAAAUUGGGAGACCUCACACCGUUUGUUUGCCGGCGUCGGCAUCGGCAUCGGCGUCGGCGUCACAGCAUUGUCCGAGUUCCUAACGAGCCACCGCAGCAGCAGCAGCCGGCGUUCCAGCAACAUCAAAUCGCUGCUCAUGCUCGCCAUACUCAUGUGCCAGCUACAGCAGUUGCUACGCCCCAGUUCAGGUGGUGGUGGCUGCAGCGGCGGCGUCGCUCUAGCUGCACCAGCUCCAACACACAGUCGCACACACACGCACACGCACACAGACGAGCUGCUGCACGAACUGGUGCACAUUGGCUCCUCCUCAGCGCAUUCUCGGCGUCUGCACAAGCGUCAUGAUGACAACAAGGCCGCAUUCUACAGAGAGCUGAACAGCAGCGUCCUGGACUGGAGCAACACCUGCACCGGCACCUGGGAGGAGCAGAACAGACCCACAGUCAGGCCACACAAGCGUUGUGCGGAGCACAAAAAGCUGAUAAAAUUUCUUAUCAGCAACAUAACGACGGGCAUGUCGGAACUAUCGUCCAAGGAUGCAAACAUCUCCGAGCUAUUGCUGUUUAGAAGUCAAUACAAAUUUCUGCCGCAGCUCAAAGCUCGAGCCAAACCACUGCGUCUGCGUCGCCUGCACAACGAGCUGCAAAUGUAUGUGGCAAGCUUUAGUUACAUUUAUGUCGCCCAGCAGCAUUGGGAGUACGAGAAUCAGCAAAAGACCAGCGAACUAUCAAUGGAGCUGCUGCGCUUUCGUCGCAAUGCGCGCUGGGUGCUCUGCUCCGUGGAGGAAGCCAUCAAUGCCACCAAUGGCCUGUACGGCAAGCAGCAGCCACGCCUCAAGACUGUGCCGCGCGCUCUUAUGGAGCGACAUCUGUCGCACUUUACAACGCCGCUGGUGCAGCUGCAUGGCAAUGCGACGCUGGCGGCGCGUAAUCAAACCUAUGUGCACUCACAUCAAAUCAAUCAUAUACGCCAGGAUGCGCAGUUCCUGCAGCAUCAUUACCUCAAGUAUUUAAAACGCAUGACCAGACUGCUGGCCAAGCAGAGCCGGCGCAGCUGCAAGCGUCAAGCCAAUGCCAAAGUGAGCAGCAGCAGCAGCAGCAGCAGCAAAACGUCAAAGCUACCACGUCCAGCUAAGCGUCAGCGUCAGCGUCCACGCCCACACGCCAAAACGUUGCCACAACAGACGAGCUAG